AUAAUACAUUUUGACUCAUCUGGAACUGUAAAAUGAAAUCAACGAAGAACAGACAUACAUGGAUACUAUCCCUACCUUUAUGUAUCAUAUAUACACAUAUCAUUGAGCAAUGUUUAGUAAUACAACUACAUAAGUGAAUAUCUACUCACAUGUCUGGCUUUUAAUUGGGAAAUGUUAUCAAGUUACCAACCUACAUGCAAUUUCACAAUGGAGUUUGAAAGUGUGUUGACCACCAUCUUAACUAAAGGGAAUGAUUGUGAAAUUUCUAGGUCUUCGGAAUCACUCUUGAAUUAUUUACACCAGGACAGAAGCUUAACGACUACAAAGAUUUUAACUCAUCCAGGUUCAGAGGAUUUGUUGUCGCGCUUAAUAAAAUUGCUGUCAUCAACGGAUAUCAGAACAUCUGGAAAUGCAGCAUAUAUUCUUGGAAUUUUGGCAGAAACUGAACAAGGAUUUGAAAGAAUUUACUCCAUUGGAAAUAAAACGUCUUCGUUAGAAUCGGUCAACAGUUGCACAACUACUUUGAUGUUGGAUUCUUUGGUCAGCUUACUUGCGUCAAGUGAUCCUGAGAAUGUAAUGAACGCCUCAGGCACAUUAGGAAUUUUGGCAGAAUCUCAAAGAGGUCGUGACUGGAUGCUCGAAUCCCGGUGUAUUAGUUCCAUGAUCGACACUGUGACGUCACUGCUUACGUCAGAGAAUUUGUGGACAUCAAGUAAUUGUGCUCUUAUAUUAGCUCGUAUAACAAUCAACGACAGCGGUUGUAAAUACCUACUGGGACAUAAGCAAUGCUCAUCGAUUCUCAGAAAUCUUAUUGACAGUCUUAAGAUCGACUCUACAGGUCGAGGGACAAAUGCUGCCUUUGCUCUUGGACGUCUGUAUGACCAACGAAAAAAGCAUCUGGUUCUAACUAAGCUUGACCAUGUAGAAAAUAUGAUUACUGCACUUUCGAAGAUGUUAACCUACACUGACCCCAGUGCAUGCAAGAAUGCAUGUUUUGCUCUCAGUUCUAUUUUUAUUAAAAAAUGGAACCAAGAUAUAUUUCUCUCCUCUCCCUGCUGCAUAGAGAUCUUGGAAACACUUGCUAAACUCUUAUUUUCUGAAGAUCAUGAAACAGGAUGGUUCGCUGCCGUUACACUUCAUACGAUUGCCAGAUUCCCUCGGGGAUGCUUGCAGAUCCGAAGACAUAAAACUGUUGAGACAUCCAUGAAGAAUUCUCUUGAAAAUGAAGACAAUCAGGAUCUCGUAGAAGAGAUAACAUCAGCUCUGAAAAUUAUCAAAAGAUUAGAAAAACCAUCUCCUCCAAGAAUUCGACAUAUUGAUUCUACAUGGCUUGAAAUCGAAUGGAAUCAGGUGAUAUCAAAAUCUGGCUUCGUUAUAACGUACAAGAUUUUUGUAGAUCAAUUAUGUGUAAACCAAACAACGAACAGCUGCCAUUGUGUAAUUGAUUCUCUCAAACCAUCUACCAAAUACCGGAUCCAGCUUCAGGUGACGGCAGACGAAGACGAAAGUCCUCUGAGUGAAAGUGUCUCUGUAAUAACUGCAGAGGAAAAAGAACUUGGUGCAAAUGCAGAAUCACAUGGCAUUGAUAUAAUAGCUGUCCAAGAACACCGAUUUUACCACCCUGACAACAUCCUCAAAUACCAUCAAGUCGGUUCUUAUCAACUUGUAACCUCCUCAGCAUCAAAGAAUACUGUUAAUUCAACAGUUGGAGGUAUCGGAUUUCUACUUUCAUCAAAGGCUAGUGAUACUCUCUUGAGUAUAGAGUCAAUCUCACCUAGAAUUAUGGUGCUUGAGAUAGAUGGAAACCCAAAAUCAACAUUGGUAUGUGUGUAUAGCCCACAUAAUUCGUCUGUGGCAGACGAAAUUGAAAAUUUCUAUACAACCCUUCGUUCAACCAUUGAGCAAGUACCUCUCCAUAAUUUUCUGGUUAUAGCUGGUGAUCUGAAUGCUAGACUAGGACCCGAUGAGACCAAGUUUACUUUCAACUCUAAAACCAAUCGGAACGGAGAAAUGCUCAAAGACUUCUUGGAGGAAUUUAAUCUCUACACCUCCAACAAUUCUUUUAUGAAACCAAAAGGUCAACUUUGGACAUUUGAGUCCCCACUUGGUGAUAGGGCACAAAUUGACUACCUCAUCUUUCGAAAGAAAUGGCGCAAUAGUGUUAAGGACUCGAGAUCCUACUCUUCCUUUAGUUCUGUCGGCUCUGACCACAGAAUUGUAUCAGCUACCGUUAAGCUUAGUCUUCGCUCAUCCAAAAAAACUAAGCCUCACCCGAUCAAAAUGAUCGACUGGGAGGAAGUCUUAUCUAACCCCGAUAUGUCCAAACAAUUUUCUAUUGAGAUCUAUAACAAAUUUCAAUCUCUGUCUACUUCUGAAAUAGAUGCUGAGAACAUUGAGGAAGUAUACAGCAGCCUCAUCAAAUCAACAGAGGAAGUUGCACUGGCUACUCUUCCCAAAAGGAAGAGUAGGGGCCAGAGCAAAUCUUCUAAUUCCCCAAAUGUCAUCGAAGCCAGAAACCAUCUAAAGUCUAUAUCACUAGCUUACCACCAUUCUCCAUCCCAGUCACUGAAGAUCCAACUCAUAACUGCCAGGAAGAAUCUUGAUGAGGCUUACUUGAACGCCGAGAGGAUUUGUGUGCUGAGAUUACGAAUAGUAAUGAGUCUUCUGGACACUGUCGUCUCGAGUCCUAGGGUUCUUAAGGCUAGUUACUUGGCUUCCAUGGCAUAUAAGCGACCGGCAACACAAUAUCAGCCCUGA